AUGGAUCGCCUCAACGAGUUCAAGAGGUGCAAUCCGCAGAUUUUUGAAGGAAAGAAGGUGGAUCACUGGAUAGUGGAGAAGUGGCUCAUGCAUAUGGAGAAGUUAUUCCACGACACCUUCAUGAAGGAAAGGGAUAGAGUUUGGCUCGCCACACAUCAUCUUGACGGCAAGGCCUACCGCUGGUGGCUGGAUAUUCGGGACAACCCGAACACAGAUUUAUCGGCGAUCUCGUGGAAGAGAUUUAAGGAGCUUCUGAUGGCUAAGUACUUUCCAGAGAGCGUCAAGAGGAAGAUGGAGCAGGAUUUGCACGGCUUGCGCCAGGAGGAUCGGACCGUGGCCGAGUACGAGAGGGAGUUUUCUCGGCAUCUUCAUUGUGUGCCCUUUGUUGUGCGGGACGACGAGGACAAGGCCCGUAUUUUCGAGCGCGGAUUACGGCCCUCGAUCUUUCGGUUGGUGCAGUCCUCCAACCUUCAUACCUAUCGAGAUGUGGUGAACCGCGUGCUCAUCGUGGAGAGCGGCGCGGUGUAG